AUCGCAUAUAUGCCUCUUCUUCUAUUUUAAGAUAUCAAAAAUCUUAACCCAAUUGGGUGGAUUACUUUUACGUAUCCCUCAAUCUUGCGCUUUAUUCUUCUUCCUCCCCUUCACGCCCCACCCCAACCCCACCCCUACCAUUUUCAUAACCCUAUUACUCCAAUUUCAUGCUUUAAAAAUCUCAACUUUUUUUCAAGAAAAUAUCAUCUCAUAAAUCUCUGUAAUCUGUUUUCUUGAUUUUCUUGUUUUAGGGGUUGUAUAAACUAUACAAUAAAAAGGGAAUCUUGAAUCUCAUUUAUCACAAAUUUUCCAAAAACCCAAGUUCUUGUUUUGUGUUAAAUUAUUCCAUCAGAACUGAUAGAUUCACCAUUAUAGCUUUAGUUCAGCUUUUUCUGUAUAUAGGAUGAGUGGUAAUCAGAAGAAGAGGAAUUUUCAGAUAGAGGCGUUUAAGCACAAAGUAGUGGUUGAUCCCAAAUAUGCAGACAAAACUUGGAAAAUACUGGAGCAUGCUAUUCAUGAGAUUUACAAUCACAACGCCAGUGGACUCAGCUUUGAAGAGCUUUACAGAAAUGCUUAUAAUAUGGUGUUACACAAAUUUGGUGAGAAGCUAUAUUCUGGACUUGUAUCUACAAUUACUUUCCACCUACAACAUAUCUCUAAAUCCAUAGAGUCCGCCGAAGGUGAUUUAUUCUUGGAAGAGCUGAAUAGGCAAUGGGCAGAUCAUAAUAAGGCAUUGCAAAUGAUAAGGGACAUUCUGAUGUAUAUGGACCGGACCUUUGUUCCAAGUACCCAUAAAACCCCCGUUCAUGAGCUUGGGCUGAAUCUUUGGUGCGAUAACAUAGUACGUUCGAGUAAGAUUCAGAUGAGACUGCUGAGUACACUUCUUGAACUUAUACUCAAAGAACGGGAUGGUGAAGUAAUUAACCGGGGACUGAUGAGAAAUAUAAUUAAGAUGCUAAUGGAUUUAGGACCAUCUGUGUACCAGGAAGACUUUGAAAAACCUUUCCUUGAAGUGUCAGCUGAUUUUUACAGAGCAGAGUCUCAGGGGUUCAUUGAAUGUUGCGACUGCGGAGAGUACCUCAAGAAAGCUGAAAAGCGUUUAACUGAAGAAAUUGAGAGGGUGUCACACUACUUGGAUCCAAAGACUGAAGCGAAGGUCACUAAUGUGGUGGAGAAAGAGAUGAUUGAGAACCAUAUGCCUAGGCUUGUCCAUAUGGAGAACUCAGGUUUGGUGAAUAUGCUUCUUGAUGAUAAAUAUGAGGAUUUGAGAAGAAUGUACAACUUAUUCCGUAGGGUUCCUAUUGGCCUUGCAACAAUAAGAGAUGUAAUGACUUCUCACAUCAGAGAGAUAGGUAAACAGCUCGUUACCGAUCCUGAGAAGCUGAAAGAUCCUGUCGAAUUUGUCCAGUGUCUCUUGAAUGAGAAGGAUAAAUAUGAUAACAUAAUAAUCUUGGCAUUCAACAACGACAAGACUUUCCAAAAUGCCUUAAACUCAUCUUUUGAAUUCUUCAUUAACCUCAAUCCGCGUUCUCCUGAGUUUAUUUCAUUAUUUGUGGAUGAAAAAUUGCGAAAAGGCCUUAAAGGAGUCAGUGAGGAAGAUGUUGAAGUUAUUCUUGACAAGGUGAUGAUGCUCUUCCGUUACUUGCAAGAAAAAGAUGUAUUUGAGAAGUACUAUAAACAGCACUUGGCAAAGCGACUGCUUUCAGGAAAAACAGUUUCUGAUGAUGCUGAGAGAAGUCUGAUUGUUAAGCUGAAGACAGAAUGUGGUUAUCAGUUCACUUCCAAAUUAGAGGGCAUGUUUACUGACAUGAAAACCUCACAGGACACAAUGCAAGGAUUCCAUACAGCUUAUGGUGCUGAAUUGGGAGAUGGCCCCUCAUUGGUUGUCCAGGUUCUCACGACGGGAUCGUGGCCUACUCAACCUGGUGUCACCUGCAAUUUGCCAGCUGAAUUGUCAGCUCUGUGUGAGAAGUUCCGGUCGUAUUACCUUGGGACCCACACUGGUCGAAGGUUAUCCUGGCAAACAAACAUGGGCACAGCUGAUUUAAAAGCGACAUUUGGGAAGGGCCAGAAGCAUGAGCUCAAUGUCUCUACUUACCAAAUGUGUGUCCUCAUGCUCUUCAACAAUGCUGAUCGGCUAAUGUACAAGGAGAUUGAACAGGCCACGGAGAUCCCUUCAUCUGAUCUGAAAAGGUGCUUGCAGUCCCUGGCAUGUGUCAAGGGAAAGAAUGUUCUCCGGAAAGAACCGAUGAGUAAGGAUAUUGGGGAGGAUGAUGCCUUUUUCGUCAAUGACAAAUUUACGAGCAAAUUUUACAAGGUCAAGAUAGGAACUGUAGUUGCACAGAAGGAAUCCGAGCCUGAAAAGCAGGAGACACGUCAGAGGGUGGAAGAGGACAGAAAGCCCCAGAUUGAAGCUGCAAUAGUAAGGAUCAUGAAAUCCAGAAAGGUAUUAGAUCACAACAACAUCAUUGCGGAAGUUACAAAGCAAUUGCAAUCUCGUUUCUUGGCAAAUCCAGGGGAGAUCAAGAAACGGAUUGAGUCACUUAUUGAGAGAGAUUUCUUGGAAAGGGAUAAUGCAGAUAGACGAUUGUAUCGCUACCUAGCAUGAGAAAUGCUUCACUUGGACUUGUCUUUAGGAACUUUGAGCAAGUCAUAAUUAACCACUUUCUUAAGCUUCUUGGUAGAAUUGAUAUGAUUAAUAUUGGAAUUUUCUCCUAUCCCUUUUAGUCUCUGUACCAGUAAUAGAGUUUCAGUGGAUGAAGGUGUUUCUGCAGAUUACAUGCAUUUGUUCUAUAAGAGAGAAAAGUAUCAUAA